AUGCCUGAGCUCUAUACGAUCCCAAUAUUGUCGCGCCCGCGGAGGACAUGGAAGCAGACAGCGCACGCCCUCCUUUCGUCUGCCGUCUACCUUUUUGGCUGUAUCAUGAUCCAUGGGCCUCAGUUGGCGAUUCUCCUCCCGUUGAGGCUUGUGCCUUUCCGCCGAGCGCGCAAGUUGUACUAUGAAGGGGCCCGGUACACGAAAGGGGCAUUUGGGGCACUGCUGGUCUUGAUGAGUCAGUGGUUUGCCCCCACCAUCUUGGUGCUCUCCUUUGAGACGGAGGGGCAGGGCAAGUUCACCCCUGAAGAAAUAGAAGGUCUCGUAGAGCGCAAUAGCGAUGGACGAGUCAUCGCGCUCAAUUUGCCCAAGAAGAGCGUGCUUAUAGCAAAUCACCAGGUGUAUGCGGAUUGGUGGUACGCUUGGACGCUAACGUACUUCAUGGGCACCUAUAAAGACGUCUAUAUUGUCCUCAAAAGGAGUCUCAAAUGGGUGCCCAUUCUAGGAUGGGGCAUGCAAUUUUACAACUUCAUAUUCCUAGCACGCUCCUGGGCCUCUGAUCGCCUACAGCUGUCACAAGGCCUGUCCUGGCUCGCACGUCGCGCCGAGAAGGAAGACUGGCCCUUUACGUUCAUCCUAUACCCGGAGGGCACGCUGGUUAGCAAGGACACGCGCCCGAUAAGCAAGAAGUACGCGGACAAGUUGGGCAUUCCCGACAUGACGAACACCCUCCUGCCGCGUUCGACGGGUCUGCAUUACUCCUUACGGUCGCUUGCGCCACGCAUACCCAGCCUCGAGCUCAUUGACAUCACCAUGGCAUACCCAGGAAUCCCUUACCUCGGAUACGGGCAAUCUUACUACACCCUCCGCUCCAUCUUCUGCGACCGCGUCCCUCCCCCCGCUGUUCACAUGCACAUCCGCAAGUUCAACGUGAGGCGUGAUAUACCUAUAGGCAACGUUCCGGUUGCCAACCCCGACGUUCUACCGCAAGGCUCGUCAAGGGUUGCCAGCGUCGAGGUCGAGAUCCCCCGGGCCGAAGCCGAAGCGUUCGAGCUCUGGCUCCGGGACCUUUGGCGCGAGAAGGACAGGCUGCUGAACAGGUUCUUCGAAACAGGAUACCUGAGCGCGGCGGCUGAAUCAAAGUCAGGCCCUGCCACCGUGACCGUGCCCGUGCAACUCAGGCAUACGUACGAGAUAUUGGACGCGUUCUGUUUCUUCAUUCCGGCGAUUGCUGGCUGGGCUUCAGCCAAACUUCGUAGCUAG